GGGGGAGAGAGACCAGUCACACACACAUAACACUAGUCAACGCCAUAAUAAUUAAUGAAGCUUCACAGACUUGCCGCACCGCCCACGGCAAAGUCAUACGCACUUUUGGGGAGAGGGAGGGGGGGGAGGGCAAGUGGGGGGGAGUGGUGUAGGUAAAGGGGUGAAAGUGGAAGGUAGAGAGUGUGGUGACAAUGAGAGGCAAGUGUAAAUAGAGUGUUUCACUCUCAUGCGAGAGGGUCGCCAUGAAUGGCCCGCACAAAAUUGCACGGAACAAACGCGCCUUGUUCCGCAUCUGGUCAAACGUGACGACUCAUACGUCAUCGGGUCAACGUUGGAAACGUUGCGCAGGGCAAUUUAUCGGCAGCCUCCUUGACACACACCCAAGCAGCAACCCUCAUGCACAACAUGUACACUGGAUGAUAGCCCUCAAUCUACACACUUGCAUUGUCCCGUUCAAUUGAAGAAAGAAGCGGCCAUGAGCGCACAACGGACGGUCAACGACUCUCCCCUGUCGGCUCGACAACGCUCUUUUGAACCGCUGAAUGGAUUGGAAACGUUUUUCUGACCAUAUCACAGACACGCCACAGAAUACUUCUACGCUUGACUUCACCCGCCUUUACUCGACCGUCAACCCUCGUCGCCAACUCCCACCCAUACCCUAUCCCUCUCUCCUUCCCUAACGCUCUCUAUAUCUCUCCGUCUCUGCCGUAACAGCCAUGGGUUCUACGCCGUCGUUCGAACGGGGUCCAGAGCUGGUCCGGGCCGGCCCGGUCUCGCCCGAGUGGGCUUUUCCACCGCGAACCAUGGGAAAGGGCACUGGGCACACAUACCGCAAGCCUGCGGUUCUCCCGCGUGCUUCGAGUACCAAGACGGAGGUCCUUCGAUCAUCGACACAGAGCUGGCAACCGCCGCCAGCCUCGCCGUCAUCGCGCGGCGAGUCAGUCCCGAUCUAUAUCCCACCGCCGCCGCGGGAUGACGGCUCGGAGUUUCUGGUCGUCGACCCGUUGCUGAGCGAGCUGGUCCCGGCCCGGGUCCGGGAAUCGGUCAACGACGUCGCCCGCGAGCUCUUCCACCACACCGGCGUACCGAUCAUGGCUGUGGCGGGCGUCACGCUUGGCGAAUCGUUCGAAGAACAGGAAGCAUGGCUCGAUGGCGUGCGCGAGCGGGUCGAGCUCGCCCUCGCCCGCGACACCGGCAACCUGCCGCCCGAUCACUACCUGCUCAGCGAGUUUGAAGACGAGCGCGAGCUUGGCAAGUACGUGACUGCGCUCCCGCGCUCGACCGUCGACAAGCUGCCGCGUUAUUCGGAUGACGAGCUCCGUGAGGACCAGCUCGUAGCCCGUGAUUGGGUUCGCUGGGACUACGGGUGCGAGGUGGCGGUGGAGCGCGCGGCUCGCAAGCGCAAGAGCCUGAGCCCGGCCACCUUCCGACACUUGUCCGACCGCUACCGCGACUCGACUCGGACUGUCUGUACCCACAUCGCCAACGAGGCCAUGGCUGCCGGCGAUGCGGUCCGCAGCGAGUCGCGACGCAAGCGCUCGCGCGACUCGACGGCGCCGACCCAUGCCGCUCGCUGGCUCUCGCCCACUGGGCUCAGCACUCGCCAUGCCACCGCGGCGCACAAGCCGGAGCUCAUUGCUGCAGGCCUCGACGACGCCAUUUGGGCCUCGCCGGACGUGACUGACAAGCUCCGGCACUACGCCAACUCGGUCUUUGCCGAGUGGGGCAUCGGUGGCGCGCAUGGCUGGGACUCGGGCAUUCUGAUUGUACUCUGGCGCGCACGUGGCUCGCUCGCCGACGUCACCAGCGGCGACGACAGUGUGUGGCUCCUCGAUGUCGUCGUCGGCCGCUCCUGGGGCGACGCUCCGGGCAACUACACUCUCAUCGACAACCUUGUCUCGCGAGUCAUCACUCCCGUCGUUACCUCUGGUUUUGCCGUUCCGCUCCACGAUGACGUCAGCGAGUACCGCCGCGCUGCCUCAAUGCCCGCCCCGCGCCCGCGCGCCUCAGCCACCCUCGCAUCCGCCCGCUGGGGUAUGUCAGAGAGCUCGAUGACUGGUGCCCAAACCUCAACUACGGCCACAAUGGACGAAGGGAGCUGCUCAGAGCAGGAGGAAGAGGAGUCCGGGUCGACGUCGGUCGACUCGUCGACGAGCUCGUACACCUCCAGCUCGGAUAAGGGCAGCUUUGACCGGUCGGUCAUGAUCGGCGGCGAGUUCCCGGACGAGUUUGACUCGGCCAGUGACCGGUUCGAAGCCGUCCUCCUCGCCGCCAUUGACAAGAUCCGCACCACGCUGGUUGACGUCGCCAUGUUAAGCAAGGGCGGCAUGAAGUAUGCCAUCUCACCCGAAGCCGUUCUCGGUUAUCGGUCGUUCCGGCGCAGCAGACGGAAGAGCCGCAGAACUCGCAGCGGCGGUGAGCCACGCCCUUGCCCAUGCCAGGCAUGCGUUGACGCCCGCGGCGGGUGGGGUCUCUUUCCGCCGCUCCCCAUUCAGGGCGUGUACUACCAGAUGGUCGUCGACCACGCGCGGGUCUUUGGCCCGCGCGCCACGGUCUCACUCGAGACUCGCCUCCGCGACGUCUUUGACACCGUCCGCGCCCCGAUUGUCCUCGUCACUCUCCUCCGAGUCGUCAACCGCGACAAGCUCAAGGGCCGCUUCGCCCGCUACGCACGCGGCAUGUUCAACAACUGGCGCCUCGGCUACGAGGAGUGGAACCACGGCAUCCUUGUCGUCUACUCGGUCCACGACCACAAGGUCGUAGUGGUACCUGGCGAGGACUGGGACUCGGAGAUGCAGACGCUUGCAGCAGACAUCGAGGUCACUCUCUCGACCGUCGUGAGCCACCACAACGAGCUCCGCGCCGAGCUCCGUGCCGAGCUGCCGGGCCAGUCGGAAGCGCAGGAUGCCCGCUUCGACGACGCCGUCACCGAGCUUGGCUACCCAUUCAACGCCUACUUUCCGGCCCUACUUGCCGACACUGUCGCCAGCCUUGCCGCCUACGCCAAGCUUGCGCUCCGCAACUCAGGCAGCACGCUCUCGUCCGAGACCUCCUGCUCCGACUCGGACUCGGACGCGGCUCGACGGCCCGGCCCGCGCUCGGUCUGGCCGCGCGCGCCGCGCUGGAGACCCUCAGCUAUCCGCCCUGCCCACAGCGGCUACCGCGUCCCGUCGUCAUCGCGUGAGACUGCCGAGCGCGAGUCAGUCAUCGACCGAUGGAUCAUGCCGUACUCGUGUGGCACUGCUUCGCCCAAGCCGACCGUCACCGGUGCAUUCGACCAUGCCCUCUUCCAGCGUAUGCCGCACGACGACGACGCAUAGUCCCCGCAUCUGCCACCUCACCGCGUCGCUUUCUUCAUCAUCCGCGCAAAGUCGGUCCAGGCGAUGGCGCCGAGCGGAUCGCCGGUCGCCACCUCGAGAAUCUGGUAGAUCUCGUCGUCCUCGAUGUCGACCUCGAUCUCGGCCGCAAUGGCUUUGAUGUUCUUAAACGUGAUCUUGCCUUUGCCAUCGACAUCAAACUCGGUAAAGGCCUCGAGCAGCGUCGCGUCCGAGUCGGUCUCGCGCAUCAGCAC